ACCUCACCACCUGCACUUUUCUCUCAUUCUCCUCUUCUCUCUUUUUCUGACCAAUACCACGAAUAUGUUCAUUUCACUUUUCGGGUGCAGAAAGUGUGUCGCAACAAUGUUGGAAGGAACAGUUGCGUGUAUUUCUCGUCGCGUCGCGUACGUAGAGGCCAUUCCCAGCCCAUUCCUCGGACUUGUUUAGAGGCGAUCUUGUUCAGUGGAAGACCUGGAAGCGUGUAGUUUCUCCUCCACGUGUGGUUAAAUCGCAGGGAUCGCACGUCGUCGAUCAGAGUCGGAAUAUAAAAUGACGGAGGACAAGACGGAGUUCGAUUGGGGAAACGAAAAGUUGCAACGUGCUCAGAAGACCGUCGACAAGUCAUCCUACGACCUGGAAGCAUGGAGCAUCCUUAUAAGAGAAGCGCAGAACAGACCCAUCACAGAAGUGAGACCGGUGUUUGAGAGACUAGUUUCCGUCUUCCCAUCGGCUGGGCGUUAUUGGAAAAUUUACAUAGAACAGGAGAUGAAAAUGCGGAACUUUGAGAAAGUGGAAAAGCUUUUCCAAAGAUGCCUCAUGAAAAUAUUAAAUAUUGAAUUGUGGAAACUGUACCUUUCUUAUGUCAAAGAAACAAAAGCGAGUCUAGCUACUUAUAAAGAGAAGAUGGCACAAGCAUACGACUUCGCAUUAGAUAAAAUUGGAAUGGACAUACACUCCUACAGCAUUUGGAACGAUUACGUUAUGUUUCUGAAGAGCGUGGAUGCGGUCGGAUCAUACGCCGAGAAUCAGAAGAUCAGCGCCGUACGAAAGGUCUAUCAACGAGGUGUGAUCAACCCCAUGAUAAACAUGGAGCAGUUAUGGAAAGACUACAUGGCGUUCGAGCAGAAUAUCAAUCCGAUAAUCGCGGAAAAAAUGGCGAUCGAGAGAUCUCGGGACUACAUGAACGCCAGACGCGUCGCCAAGGAAUUGGAAGCGGUCACGAGAGGGCUGAAUCGAAGCGCGCCUAGCAUUCCUCCAACCGGCCAUCCUGAGGAAGUAAAGCAGGUCGAGUUAUGGAAGAAGUACAUCGCGUGGGAACGUAGUAACCCUCUCAGAACAGAAGACACCUCACUGGUUGCUCGAAGAGUCAUGUUCGCGAUAGAGCAAUGUCUCCUUUGUCUGGGACAUCAUCCCGCGGUGUGGCACCAGGCGGCACAUUUUCUGGAACUGAGUUCCAAGAUAUUGACGGAAAAGGGGGACGUAAACGCGGCUAAGAAUCUCAGCGACGAGGCUGCUACUAUGUUUGAGAGAGCCACGAAUACGCUAUUGUCGAAGAAUAUGUUGCUAUACUUCGCGCACGCGGACUUCGAGGAGGGUAGAGUCAAGUACGAGAAGGUGCACCAGAUUUAUCAGAAAUUCCUCGAUAUACCCGACAUCGAUCCCACUCUGGCAUAUGUACAGUACAUGAAAUUCGCGAGAAGAGCGGAAGGUAUAAAAUCCGCGAGGACGGUGUUCAAACGUGCACGAGAAGACGCAAGAUGCAAGCAUCACGUUUACGUCGCUGCCGCGUUGAUGGAAUAUUACUGUACUAAGGACAAGAAUAUAGCAUUCCGUAUCUUCGAGUUAGGUUUAAAGAAAUUUGGGGACAAUCCUGAUUAUAUUCUCUGUUACAUCGAUUACUUGUCGCAUCUGAACGAGGAUAACAAUACGAGGGUUCUGUUCGAGCGAGUGUUAUCUUCUGGUAGUUUAGAACCGGAAAAAUCAGUUGACAUAUGGAAUCGGUUUCUGGAAUUCGAAUCCAACAUCGGAGAUCUAGCCAGCAUCGUGAAGGUUGAGAAGAGACGAAGUGCGGUAUUAGAAAAGAUCAAGGAAUUCGAAGGCAAAGAAACCGCCCAAUUGGUAGACAGAUACAAAUUCUUGGAUCUUUACCCGUGCACACCUAUGGAAUUAAGAUCGAUCGGAUAUAUGGAAGUGUCUAAUGUUGCCAGAAAUUCCAUAGGCACUUUGCCCCGCGUACCAGACCCAGAAGAAGCGAUCGCAUCUCUACCAAGGCCCGAUUUGUCGCAAAUGAUCCCGUAUAAACCGAAGGUGAACGCCUUGCCUGGUGAACAUCCGGUAUCGGGCGGUUCGUUUCCAUUGCCACCGGCUGCGGCUCAAUUAUGCACUAUAUUGCCGCCACCCGGUUGUUUCAGAGGUCCUUUUGUCGCUGUCGAUUUACUCAUGGAUGUUUUCAGUAGAAUCCAAUUGCCCGACCACGCUCCGUUGCCAGUGGCGGACAACGGUUGCGACACGAAGCUGUUCGACCUUGCAAAAUCUGUGCAUUGGAUCGUCGACGAGAGCAACGACGGCGCAAGCGGCGGACAGAAGCGUAGACGCACGCGUUUAGGUGGCGACGACAGCGAGGAGGAGGAUCUGCCGCCUCCGCCAGCGAACGACAUUUACCGCCAAAGACAGCAGAAACGAGUAAAAUGAACGAGAAAGAAGACGAACAAAUGGUAAACAAGUGUCGAAUGAUCAUGAACAUUAUGUGUGUGGCGAUAUCUGAUAUCGGUGUGAAUGUAUUUUUACGUGUUACGUUACGUUCCUCGCGUAAACGAUGCCGCCGACCGUUCGAAGAAACGAAGUUAUUAAUACUGAGGCAUAUAAUAAUGUACGAUUGUUAAAUCCAUCAUGUGACAUUGUGCACGAUACUUUCGAGUACUAUGUACUCAGAAAUCGCGUCAUUGCAUAUUGGUUUCAUUCUUCUUCGCACAUACAUUCGAUUGUUUAUACACGGACGUGUGAUGUUUCGUCGGAUAAAAUCGAGAGAACAGAUCAAUCGACGUAAUCGAGUAUACGCGUGUCACACGAUCACAUCGUGUGAAAUAAGAAUGUAAGAUUCAUUCAUAUUAAAUAUGACAAAAUUUUAUUAAGUGAUAUACAAGAUGAUCAUUUUCUAGGGACCCGUAGUGUGCAGGUAAAACAGGUGAAGCUGAACUAAUUUGCAUUUUGUUAUGUACUAUUUUACAAAAUUUGUAAACACCGAGCAUCAAUUAUAUUAUAUCUGCGUUUCUCACUCAACAAUGUCAAUGCAAUGUAACAUAAGUAUUAUUGAAUGAGGAAUUAAUUCAUCAUGAGCUAUCGAGCGCAUGGAGAGCGGUAGGUCGGACUCGGUUAAAGAAAAAUAGCUUCUGGAGAUUUUUUAACAACAAUGAGUAUUAAUUGAUUUCUAGAAGCGGAAUAACGCAGUAAACGGUGACAUUUCGAAGCUGCACGCCGAAGAAAAACAAGCCUCUCGCUGUCAGUUGAUAACCAUCGUUGCUACGAGAUUUUCAGAGAUGAGCCAUUUUUCUUUAUACAGAGUCCGACCUACCACUUUCCGUAUGUUUAUUAGGUCAUACGAAUCAAUUAAUUCCUCACUAACUAUUUUGCGAAUUUUGGAAAAUAGCACAUGACUUUCCUGUACAAUUUCAACUGUUCUACCUGCCUACCACGGAUACCAAGAAAUGUAUCCGACGUCCUGUAUAUUAUUUGUUAAAUAAACUGUAGCAAUAUAUUUGCGAUGUCGAGAGGGAGGGAGGAAGAUACUGCUCAUAAUUCGUAUGAUAAAGAAAAACAUAUAAUCCAUAAUUUUUGACCGAUAAAUCUACAAGUUCCGGUUUUACGUGGUAGAAAUCGACGUUGUCGAGAGAUUACGAUGCAUUUCCACAAAUUGCUUCGGGGAGAGAAACGAUCGAUGCGCCCGGUGGAUGAGCCAUAAGCUAGCGUAAGAGUGAUCGUUCAGGGAAGGAUACCGUCAGAUGAAUACACAGCGACGUUUCCUGUAUUUCCCGUUCACAAUCUCGAUUUACAAUCUUAUUCAAUUUGUUGAUUUUGUUAUUAGCGAUUGUCGAAAUUGGAUCAACCAUUUUCGAUUCGUAUCUUUUAUCUCAGUAUCCAUUUAAAUGCAUGUAACUUAUCUUACAGGACCAAUAAACGAUCAAUGUGAUAUGGAA